UUUGUCUGCACAGUAUAUAAGAACUGGUCAUCAUCUUCAUCCGCACAUCCUCACAGGGUCCGCUGAAGCUACAGACACUGCGAAGAGAAGAAGAGAAGAAUAUCCUGCAGCAGUCACCGUCACCAUGAAGAUGCUGAUUGUGUCUGCACUUGUUUGUGCCAUGGUGGUUCUGACCAGAGCGGCUGCUCCUCCAGAGGAAACUCCCCAAGAUGAAACAGAGAGUCGCCUGGUCAAGAGGUGGUUCCUGCCAAAACUGUGGUUCAAGCCAAAACCGUGGUGCAAGCCAAGACCGUGCUUCAAGCCAAGACCGUGCGUUAAGCCAAGACCGUGCUUCAAGCCAAGACCGUGCAUUAAGCCAAGACCGUGUCCCGUGCUACCAAGGCCGUCCGUGGUUUGUCCCUCGGGCUGGUCUAAGUGCAGAGGUCAUUGUUACCGCUACAUUCCAACAUGUAUGACCUGGACUAGAGCUGAGAGAAACUGUCAGGCCCUGGGUGGAAACCUUGCGUCUGUUCACAACUUCGGGGAGUACCAGGCCAUUCAGAAUGUGAUUUACAGAGCCACUCGUUCGAAAAGACCGACAUGGAUUGGAGGCUCUGAUGCAGAAGAGGAUGGUCAAUGGUUAUGGAGUGAUGGCACAUCUUUCAACUACCAAAACUGGUGUCAGAAAGAGCCUAAUAACUAUGGCGGCAGGCAGAGUUGUAUACAGAUGAAUUUCUCAGAUCAAAAGUGCUGGGAUGACCUCCAAUGCUCCCGCAAGUUACCGUCUGUCUGUGUCAGAAACAGAAGAAUACUCCCGGUCUGACACAGAGACAUGAAGAACCCAUUAAAAGCACACACACUUGUGUUGUGUGCAUGCUUUCAUAUACAUCUUUCUUUAUACCCUCAGUCUCACAUGUGAGCUGAGUUUUUCUUUGCUGUCGCUGUAAUGCUACUGAAGGAAUGAAGCGACAAGUGACAUAAACAGGAGCUGGACUGUCUCUGAGGCCUUGUGCCUUUAAUUAGAGCAGACUGAAUGUGUUAUGAAAAGAAUGCUUUUAGCACAAAUCUACAUUUAUUCUGCAAAGUUAACUCUUCUUUCUUGUCUUAUGCAAAAUUAAAGGCUCAAGCAUCCAAACAAACUGGUCUGUGUUUUGUCUCUUGUUUUUAAUCAGACAUGUCUCGAUCCUCCAGGCUGAUCCAAACAUAUUUUAAUGGCUUUCUUUCAACUAAAAUAACAAAACAAGAAAAAACAAUGAAAAUCCUUUCCUUGCUGAAAUCUGCAGUUUUGUCCUCCUCAGCCUGCUUUUGCUGCAACAAGACUCUCCUAUACGACAGUAUAUGCAUGUGAAAAUGAGUGUGUUUGGGUGCAGUGAGUUUAAACACUGAGGUCACAAAAAUGAACAGACUUUUAAACUCAGUGAGCAAUAGACCCAACACUCAUGCAUUCCUCAAACCUGACACCGAAGAGAUACACGUGGAUGCAUCAGUGAGCUGGAUCUUUAUAUGCAGGCUAUAUGUAUUUUUUUAAAUAAUCACAAGUAAGUUUGAGUGCCAAAUAAAUGUAGUGAAGUAAAACUAUAAUAUUGCAAAGGUAUUUAUUUAAAGCGUUGAAGAGGUUGAUUGGGUUCUGGUGUCAUUGUAGAAUUUGUGCAGGGUUCCUGUGGCCUGUGGUGGUGGGGCCCAAUGUGAAAUCUGUUAGAGGCCCAAAAUCCCUGGUGGCGCCCCUGCGGACAAUAAAAAUCAUUGAUGUGAAAUGUAAACAAUAGCCAAUUAUCUUGUAACAGAAGACGCAGAAACACUGAAAAUAAUUCUAAAUAUUCAAUGGAGGCCAAGACUUAAAAUACAUGUAGAUAUCACUACACAUAAAAUAAGUGUAGACUGAGUAUUUUUGCCGUUCAGUUGGAUGAUGACGAAACUACUCUGAAUAUCUGCAUAAUAUCUAUAGCCCUGUAACAAUGAGUUGCAAAACUUGAGGCACACUGCAUUGCCUUUUUUGUUUUUUAAACUGAUGCCACUAUUAAAACAAAACACUUGAUGCGCCUUUUUAUUGUUGCCAGGCAACCACCCCAUCACCUCCUUACACGAACGUUCCCAUGUCAUCAAUCUACUGUUUUUUGGUGUAGUUUUAAUUACACAUCAUCACAGUAAUUAGUAGCUAGUUUCGAAAUGUUGAGGCAGAGGGUACUGUGUGUAGCUCUUGUAGGAGCAUACCCUUCCUCAACUCUCCAGAUUC